ACGAAGUUGAGGCAAACACAGAGUUAGUCUCAUCACCGAGCAAGAGUACAAAGAAAAAAGAUGGAUGAGGUCUGGAAGUUGCACAGGGAGAGAAGGAAAUUUUUCUAUGUCAACGCAAAUAUGUUUUGGAUAUUCUUGAUGAGACAGGUUUGACUCGGGCCAAGCCUGCUACGUUUCCUAUGCCACAAAACCAUGGUUUACAAUCUGUCGAGGGAUCAUUCUCCUCAGAACCAGAUCGAUAUCGCCGUUUAUGCAAGCUCCUCGAUUUGUGCACUGGGACGCUGUUAUCUGGGUUCUUGGCUACCUAAAAGGCCAUCCUGGCCAGGGGAUUAUCCUCGGACGACACUCACCCCUCUCUCUCUUGUGGGUUACUGUGAUUCUGAUUGGACCAGUUGUCCCAACACACGGCGUUCCGUUACCGGCUAUUUUGUCACACUUGGGGGCUCUCUUGUCUCUUGGCAGACUAAGAAGCAAGUUACGGUGUCUCGUUCAUCCGCGGAAGCUGAAUACAGAUUCAUGGCUACUCUUACAUGUGAACUUCUUUGGCUCAAAAGUCUCUCCUCCUCCUUGUGUAUCAAACUGACACCCAUACAGUUUCAUUAUCUUCUUGCCAAGAUGGGCAUUCAAGACCCCCAUGCUCCAUCUCUAGGGGGUGUUGGACUGUACGUGGGUUUGUACAUAUACGUACGCAUGCAUGGCCUAGACCAGGGUACAGAUAGGCGGAUUUACGCAUCUGAGCACCCGGAAGGCAGAUUGAAAGCGAGGAAAGUCUCCGAGUUCAAUUGCUUUUGUCCUGCUGAGCGGAAUGGUAAGAAGGGAGUGACCUUGAGGGGGCAAUAAUGCUUCCUAUCCAGCCGACCGGAAAAUCGGAAGCAUUAUAGCCUAUUUUUAUUUAUAGAGGAACGGAGUAGCUCCCUUCCCCCGAAUCACUACUAAAUGGUGGCGUUCAAUCUUUUCGAAAUUUCUUCUCCUCACCUGAUGGUCGAUUGGCCUGACACACUUCCGUGUACUAGCGAAAGCGUUACGACUAUUUGGUGGAGAUCAUAUUCACGCGCAAUUGGUGUGAGACAGCUUAAUACGCCCCCACAAGAUGGUGGCUCGUUGGAGGAGAUCAAUCUUGUUGUCCGUGUGCUCAUUGUUGAGACUUACCGGGAUCUAAUUACUCGUUGGAGCUUAAUUUGCUCUGAUACCAUAUUAAGACUUUGGGUUCCAUCCUAAAAGGUCAACCUGUUAGGAGGAGUAAUCGAAGGCUUUAUAUGUUGAUUUGUAUUUCUAUACGCAACCGGCGUGGGACAACAUAAUAGUGUUGGGUGUGUUUCGAAAAAAACGAAGAAAUAUUAAUUAAAUAAAAUUAAUUAAUAAACAAAAUAGCUAAAAGAAAACAGAAAAUAAGAUGGAGCAGAUUUUAGCCAGAGCUCGUGCUACGCACGAUGUCCUUAAAACGUAUUCGUCGCCUCCCACGGUGCUGGGAGCGUUGCAACGACCGUUUCCCAGGAUACGGUGGCUAACGAACGAAAGUUCCGGCGAACUGGAACACAGUAAGAACACUUAGGAAAUUUGGGAGUAGCUGGAAGUGUUUUUCGCUCAAGAAAACGUGAGGAAUGUAUUGUGUGUUGUCAAAACCGUGUGUUUGUUGCAAAGCACUUGCCAGCUAUUUAUAGGAGGAUUUGUUGUGUUUUAAAUGGGGUGUUAAUGGACCUGAACGUUGGACAUCAAUGACCAGUCCGUUGGGCAUUGAAUCGUCCAUAAACUGUCCAUUUAACGCAGCAUUAAAAGAGAAGAACGUUGGGCAUUAACUUUCGUAACGAUAGAAUUGCGCGACAGAAGACCCCAACAGAAUACCCCCUGUGAUGGGUUCUGCCCGAAGCCAAGAGAACUUAACCGUAUCUCUUGAGAGAUAGAUUUUUGGACGGCAUUCGUGUCCGCAGGUCGCCCGCGCACACGAGUCGCGGUUUUUCUUCUCCGUUUCGGGAUUUGAUCGGCACCCCCCUGCGCGUAAGAGAGAGCUUUUACCCUUAGGAAUCUUAUCUCCUUAAAAGAGGCUUCCCUUUAUAAGGGGGUGAAAAUCCCUUGAGUUUUUCGGUGUGGGAUAAAACACUCUAGAAACUCAUCAUUUUCCUAGUUUUUCCAUUUCAACGAGUGAACUUCGAGAAUCAAUUUCUCAUUCACCCGUUAUCCGUUUUGAGUGUAUCACAUAUCGAAUUGUAUCCCUUAACAAGGACAAUCCGAAACCACUUUGACCCGACCCAAAUCGAAAGUGGACCCCACUCAAAUAAUUGCCCCAAAAUGACCAUUUAAUGCAAUUUUUAACACAUUUUUCCAACAAAUAGUUGAUGUGUUAGUGUUUAGAUUUAGAGUAUGUUGAAUUGCCAUGCUUAAAGAUAGGGAAAUAUUAUGUUUUAGAUGGGGCCUUUUUGUAUUAGCAAUUUGGUAUUCAAAACCACAUUUACUGUGUGUAACACCCCCAUUUUUCCCGCCCAAAAUAAUACUUGAAAUAAAAAUAUAUUGAUAACAACCUUGAUUUAUUCCUUAAAAAUAGAUAGAGUUCUGCAACGGAAAUAACGUUAAUGGAAAAAGGGUGUGUUACCGCUACACCCAGUCCUCAACUUGGCUGGAUGUUAAGGCUAUCCACCAUGAGUUCAACCGAAUUAAAAUUUUAAAUUCUAAAUUUAAUAACAUAAUUUAAACUAAGUGAAGAC